AUGUUUCAUUUUUUGCCCAACGCUAGCCCCACCUCAGCUCCGGUGCCUGGCGGCACCAUUCCCUUAUCUCGGUCUCGGUCUUUCUUCUUACUUCGAUCAGACGUAACAGGUUCGUGGAAAAUACCUAAUAUUGUGAUUAUAUUGAUAUUCCUCGUGCCCGCCAUAUGCAGUUUUAUCUUCAUUGGACGCAGGUGUUACAUCAAGAGGAAGAGCAGAGGUGAGGCUCGGAAGAACGACGAGGAGCUCAACAAUUUGCUUUGCCAGGCUUCUCAGUCCGUUCGCUCAUUUGCAUAUGUUGAUCUCAGUGCCGCCACCAACAACUUCAGCGACGCUCACAAGAUUGGAAGCGGCGGUUUUGGAUGUGUAUACAGAGGCACUUUGCCUGGCACAAAUGAAGCUGUGGCGGUGAAAAGAAUAUCUGCAAAGGCCAGUCAAGGUAAGAAUGAGUACAUCUCAGAAGUGAUUAUAAACAGUAAGCUUACACACCACAAUCUUGUAAGGUUUCUUGGGUGGUGCCAUCGAAAGGACGAUUUGCUUCUGGUCUACGAAUUUCUCUCAAAUGGAAGCCUUGAUAAAUAUCUUUUUGGGGAGACACAGGCUAGUGCUUUGAAAUGGGAUCGAAGGUACAGAAUAGCCUGUGAAGUAGCCUCGGCUCUGGUUUAUCUUCAUGAGGACCGGCAUGAGAGCAUUGUGCACAGAGACAUAAAGGCCAGCAAUGUGAUGCUGGAUUCAAAUUUCAAAGCCAAGCUGGGUGAUUUUGGGCUUGCGAGAGUCAUGGAACGUGAAAAGGGAGGGCAUAUUACUGUGCCCGCAGGAACAAUAGGGUACAUAGCACCAGAGUCCGUAACAACGGGAAAAGCCACUCGAGAGGCCGACGUGUUCAGCUUUGGAGCCCUGAGUCUCGAAAUUGCAUGUGGAAGACGGCCGGCAGACUGGAGCUUGAUUGAACACAAUUGCAGAGUGGUGGAAUGGGUUUGGGACUUGCAUGGACACCACAGGAUUCUUGAUGCAGCAGAUGGGAAACUGGGUGGAAAUUUCAAUGUUCAGGAAAUGGAGCGGGUUAUGAAAGUGGGAUUGAUGUGUUCUCAUCCCGAUCCCAAUGCUAGACCAAAUAUGGAAACAGUGGUGAAUAUAUUGAAAAGAGGAGCAGAGUUGCCUCAUGUUUCUCUAAAAUUUCCUGUGCCUGUGUAUGGUCACCGUCCUUCUGCUGACAUCACCGCAUCCUCAACAUCGACAGUCGAUGGAGUUUUGUACUCGUCUAGUAAGCUUUCCACCAGCUCACGAAGCCGUUCCCUAUCACUUUCGGACCAAAUAUGCGUAUAA